UAUUAUUUAUGUAUAUAGAUUAAUAUUAUACCCAUUAUUUUCCUCUUGUUUGCUUUCAUUCUUAAAGAAAAGAAGAGUUGUUUUAGGGGCGAGUUUGUUUGAGCCCAAAAAAUGGCAAGUAGUGAAGAGCAAGUUGUUGGGGGUCCAGCAACCGAUGAUGGUUUCACUUACCCGGAAGAGGAUCUUGUCGAUGGAGAGGCGUUGGGCCCCGAGGUUGUCGACCCGGACCCUUCUCGGGUUGACCCGGAACUCACCACUUCGAAACAGCUUAAGGAAGAAGCGGAGGAGGAGGAGAAAGGGAAAAAAGAUAGUGGAAAGGUAAAGGGAAUGGAGAAGCUUAAAACGACGCUUGUGAUUUCAGGGGCGGUGGUGGCUGUAAUUGGGGCUGUUUUUGCUAUAGCUAAGAAGAUGAUAAGAGAAGCUUAGACACAAUCUCACCUUCUUUUCCACUUUGAUUUCAUGUUCUUUAUCUUCAUUAAUUCUUGUUUUUGGGGUUAUUUGUCAUCAACCAUUUAUGAUCUUCACGCUAAUUCUCUAUAA